CGCGGGCUGGACAAUAAGUUCGGAAUACUAGGGUUAUGUUUUUUUGUUAAGGCAAAUAGUUCCUGUGGUAUGGAACAGUAGUUUCAGGAAGUAUAUGUGACGUACGCAUUUUUCGUUAUUUAGCACAUGAUACUAGUAAACAUUACAAAUCAAGGGGAUUUACGGCAACUCCACACAUGAGCAGCCCGAAACGAAACUACCUGUAGCGACCAAUCAGAUUCGUAAGAAGUGGAAGUGCGCAAUUCGAAAUAAACACCGUUUUGGAAUGCUAGAGUGUAGAGUCACCGGACUUGCAUUAAAAUUUGGGUAUAUAUCUGAGACAUAUAGAAAAAUGGAAAAUCUCCAGCAGGGAAAAUUCUUUUUGAUGGAUUUCUUAUCCGGCUCUGUAGUCAUAUAUGUGCACGAUAUUCUAGAGUUCUCUUUAGUAACGGUUUUUAUGUUCUAAAAAUAUCGAUUUAUUAAGAUCAGUGAAAUUACAGUCCGAAGGAGAUGCGAAAGUCACAAUCCUAAAAAUAUAACACUUAGUUGCAUGUCAAAUGGAAUUUAAGAAAACUGCGCAUUAAUUAAAGAUUAUUAAGAUAUUGAUGAUUGAUGUGGGGAAAGCAUCGGGACGAACUCAAGUUAGGCUUCAGCAGUAUGUAACACAAUACAGUAAGUUAAAAUCCAGAGUAGUGAGUAGUGAACAUGCGAAACAUGACUUUGAAAGUUGUAAUAACAUCAGUUUUCUCUGUUGAGUAAUUAUGUCAAAACUAACGGUUGCUUAUUUAAACAAAUGCUAAAGGUAUAUACAUUGUAAGUAUUUUGUUAACAUGGACGUUUAGAUAUACAAGAUUUCAUUGUCAUCUGUUAGUUGAGUGGAGUAAGCAUAGUGUUUUUUAUAUUACUGGUAUUAGAGUAUAAGUGUGGUCAUUUCAUAUCAGUAUUACUGUUGAAUUGUAACAGCUUCUUCUCACUGUUAGGUCAUGGGAGCCUGUGAAAUUUAUCGUCCUUUACCUUCUGAAUCCGAUGAUAGUUGCGUUCACAGGGUGAACAGUUUCUCCGUUUCAGAAUCAGAUGUUCUACAUGUAGUCGUUUCAGAAUCAGAACUAACUGAAUUACCAUUACCAACCUACGUGUGCGAACUAUGUGGCAUCAGAGUGAAAACAAAAGCAAAUUUGCGAGCUCAUCAAAUCAAAACUCAUAAAAUCAUGAAGAAUGCGAAAGAUAUCGCAUUCUAUUCCAAACAAAGGUAUACUGUUAGCCACAUCUAUCACUGUCCAGUGGCUACAUGUAAACAUAACAUUAGUUUAGGUGGUGGAUUCAGUACUUAUUGGAGAUUGAAGCAGCACUAUCAACAUGUACAUAUGCAGAAAAGUUACCAAUGCGAAAAGUGCAAACAUUUUUUCCCAACACCUUCUUACCAUGCUUAUCAUCAAAAAUUGUGUGGAGCGACGUAUUCUUGUUCAGUUUGUUUUAGAUCUUAUUCCAAUAAGAAGCACCUACUUCAACACUGUAGAAGAAGUGGGCACCCUAACACUUCAUUACCUGGUUCCUUUACGAAAACCAAAGUGGCUGCAAGUGUACCACCUACAAAAUGUGCACAAGUUGCUGGUUUAACUACCUCCUGCAAUUCUGUUCCCCUGACCACGUGUGCACCAGUGUUAUUUCCGAUAAUUAUUUUACCAGUGCCUGUUCCCAAUACAAACGGAUUAAAUGCGGGAAACAUGGACAACAACAUUAUGAGCUACUCAAAUAUGAAUUCCUUUUUGUAUACAAGCACUUUAUCAGCUCUUCGAACACUUUCAGCGGAAAUUUACCCCAAUACGAAUAUGCAGGUCGGUUCGCCCGAAUCAUUGGCAAAUCCCAGUGGAACUUCAGUGGUACUCAAACCAAACUUGAGAAAUUUUUAUAAUCUGUAUACAUUGUCUUAUGCUAAAGUUCCCUCCUCAGAAGCAUCGACUCAAACAGACGAAGCGUAUACAUCGAUGGCUGUAUCACACCAAUGUUCACAUAGUGCACAACCUCAUGAACUUAUAUCUGUCAAUACAUGCACUGACGAAGAUGAUAUAAGUUCAUUCAUCGGUGGACUAUUCUGUAAUGCCUCAGUCGAAGCGAAUUUUCCCCAACAUCAUGCAAUAGAAGUUAAGUUUUCCAUUCACCUUCGUCAUAUUCAUUAUUUAUCAAAAUCGUACGAGGCUAAACCAGAGGAUAAUCUAUCAGCCCCCGACAAACACCUUCAUCAUUUGGAUUCACUCAAUAAACAUCAACCAAAUAUGUUGGAAAAUUCAAUCGAAAAUUCGGUUCAGACAGUCAGUUACAUUCCACUUGCCGGAUGUUUGCGCAGUGGGGUAGAUCAAGAAAUUCAAGCAAAACUGGUACCGCCACAUGAAAAUGCAUCUAUACAAACUGAUUUUGUAGAAAAGCUAAAUGUUGAAGCAGCUACUGAUGAUCAUCACGUCGACCGUAGUACUUACUUUACCCUCAACAGAAUGCUUGAAACACCUCCACCACCUGUGUCUAUGCCACAAAGUACUGUUUCUCUUGGUACUCAUCUAAGCACUGCAUGCCAGACUUUACAUCAUUUAUUGGAAGAACCAGGAAAUCUAGACAGGCAGCCAUCAAUUAUAGAAGCAUUAAAUAUGGAGACAUCAGUUGCCUCCGAUGCUUGUACUGGUGCCAGUUUGUUAAAUUAUGGAUACAAUUUGUCCAGUGCAACAGAUCAAAUGCUAAGAUGUAAGUCGUCAUCGUCUCCUUCAGAUAAAAUUUUUGCAACAACUAGUACUAUGUCUGUUUUACCUAACAAUCAGCAGUUUUGUUACCUGAAUUCUAUCGACACAACAACACAGCAUGAUUGGUCAGUCGGUGUGGACUUCACGCAUAACCAAACACAGACAAUCGAUGAAGAUAUAGAAUUAUGGUUGAACAGUGUGGAAACACAAACUAAUCUUGCGUCAUUCGAUCCAAGCUUUUUCUCAGAUAUAUGUGUUGGUGUAGAUGAUGACUUUUUUCAAUCGUAG